CACGGAACAUGAUAAGAAAGUUUUCUUGUUGGGAUUGACUUCACUUCUUACACUUCCUGCGAACUAGUUACUGGGAGAAGCACUGGAACAUGUGUUUAGAACAACACUUGACUUGCUUGUUGCUUACAAGGAUCAAGUUGCAGCUGGAAAAGAGGAAGAUGGUGAUGAUGAUAAUAUGGAUGUUUUUCAAACUGAUGAGGAAGAUGAUGAGUAUGAAACUGACAAGGGUGAAGAUUUUGUUGUGGAGAAGGAUGAUGGAGGCUCUCCUACUGAUGAUUUUGGAGAUGAAGAAUCAGAUGCUUGUGAAAACGGUGAUGACAAAGAAAAGCCUCCCAAGAAGGAAGCUAAGAAAGAAGCAGCUGCUCCUAAGGCAUCUUCUUCUAAGAGGAAAUCCAAAGAUGGAGAUGAAGAUGGUUCAAAGAAGAGGAAACCAAAGAAGAAAAAGGAUCUUAAUGCACUAAAGAGAGCUAUGUCUACUUUUAUGUUCUUCUCACAAGCCGACAGAGAUGCAAGUUAUUUUUGGUAUGCCAUGUUGGUUUUUGCUUCUUGUUGCCUUUAA